UUUUGUAAAGAAACGGUCAUCUGCAACAACUAUUCCUCCGCGUUUCCACGAGCAAGCAGGCGCCAGCCAAGCCGUUGACACUAUAAAUGACGAACCUUCACGGCAUUACCCAGCGCUGUAGCAGCAACAUCAGCUGUUUGACGAAAUGCCCACAAGAGAUCCACCAACUGCGCCCUAGCUUGAUCUUCUAUAGCCAUCCAGCCUUCAUGCCAUUCUCUGCAUCAACAUCACAAGAAAGCUAGAAAAUGGCUCCGCAGAAGGCAAACCAUUCUCGAUCCUCGAGCGUCCCCUCCCUUCCUCAUCCCAUCGCCAUCAAAGCCGAAGAGAAGCUUCGCAACCUCAAAACCUAUAUCCAUGGCGCCGAAGCUUCUUUCUCGACUAUAUGCACCUUAUUAGGAGCCCUCGCGGAUCUAUUCGACACUCUUCAUCUCCUUCUCCACCUGCCUUCUCUCCAGCACCUUCUAUCCCAACCGUUACAUAAGCCAUGGGUCGAAGUGCAGCUCGAUUGCUCCCUUCAGCUUCUUGACAUUGAAUCCCCGGUGAACGACUGCCUCGCGUCAGUGAAAUCAUUCGUCUUCGACGUGCAAUCUGCUCUUCGUCGGAGAGGAGACAAUGGUCACGUUAAUUCUAGAAAGAAGGCACAGAAGGAAGCCGUAACAUGCUCGAAAUCGCUGAAGAAAAUGGAAGAGGGCUUCGCCAUUGCUGCGUUAGUGGAGAAGGAAGGAGAUCUUAUGAUGCUUGAUUGGUUCAUGAGGGAGGCGAGGGAGACGGCGGUGACUGUUUUCCACUUAUUGCUGAAUCUGAUUGAGAUUCCUGCGAGGCGUAAGGAUCGGGGUAAGCGGAUCUUGCUGGUUCCGAAGGCGAUGCAAUGGAGGAGAGGUGGAUCUGCCGAAGGGAAUGGCGGAGUAAGUAAGGUGGUGGGAUUGGAAUCGAUGCUGAACGCUGCUUUUGAGUGUAUUUCAGGCAAAGAUGAAGGAUUCGGGAACCUUAAGAGAAAGGCACAUGAAGAAGUCAAUCAGAUUGGAGCGGGGAUUGAAGAUUUGGAGAUUGGAUUGCAGUGCUUAUUCAGGCGGAUGAUUCAGAACAGGGUUGUUCUGCUUAAUAUGCUCAGUUUUUAGAAAUCUUGGAGCCAUUAUUGAUUCUUUUCUUCAAUAGAACUGGUUGAAAGCAUCUGAUACUAGUUGUGAUUCUUUGUAUUUCUUUGAAUUUUAUGAUUUAGUAUUCCCUCUAUAUGGUCAUUGUAGGCUUGAGCUCUGUCAAAUUUGAAACUUUUGUGGUAUGAAUAUUAGAAAAACUUUUUCA